AUGGCUAAGAACACGGGUAAGAAAUUGCAAAUUUGUUCGGCAGAAAAUAAUGAGGGUUUUUUGUUGGAUGAAAUCAGCCCGGGGUUUGAUGGUACAAUUGUUGCAAUGGUUUCACGUAAAUGGGAUGUAUAUAAAACCAAUGGAUCGUAUCUGAGUACUGAUUUUAUUCUCUCUGAUGAAAAGUCAAAUUUGAUCCACUGUUUUGCAAGUCACAACAAAUCUUAUAAAUUCUUAGCGAAGUUGCAGGAAGGAAUGUUGUUUUCCUUUAAAGGAUUCAAGGUUCAUUCUAAUCGUGGCACAUUCAAAAAAUUUUUUAAAGGCCAGUAUAUGCUUGAAUUUGAUGGUGAUACAAAGGUUUCAAAGGUGACUGGAGAUGUUGGUCGUUAUCUCCGCUAUCCGUUUCAGAUUGUUGAAUUGGAGGAACUCACACCAACUAAUCAAUUGGUUCUGCUUUGUUUGAAUGAAGUAAUGCUUAUACUUGAAUCAAGGAUAAUUAUGGACAUAAUUGGCUAUGUAACACAUGUUGGGGAGAUCUUGACGAAAUCUAUUGGUGCGACGACAUUGGAGUUUAAUUUCACAAAUGAACGUGGGCGCCAGGUUCGUGUUACUUUGUGGGGAAGGUUGGGAACUCAGAUGAUAAAAAAGAAACUCGAAAACCCCGACCCCUAUGCCUUGAUUCUGACUGCAAUGAGUGCAAAAAAAUACAUUGGUCAACUUAGUGUUUCGAGCUCAUCCUCGACCCAGUUAAUUGAUAAUGAUGACAUACCUGUCCUGAAACAGUUUAAGACUGCAUUGAGUGGUAGGGAUUUGAGCCAAAUCCCUGUGUCUAAUGCUCAAACAAUUCCCCGUGUUAAUACACUUUCAGAAUUGUUGGACUGGGGACGUAUGAAUAAGGCUGAUCCAGAUGAUAAGGGAGAUCGGGUUUAUAUUCUAUUGGCAAAGCCUCAUAACAGUUUCUUGUAG